ACUGAAUCUAUAAUCCACUUGAAUCAUUUAAUCAUGCCCGCAUUUAAUAAUACUGUCCAGGAGAAAAUCAUUCUUGCGCCGUAUGAGUACUUGGCCAAAAUGCCAGGCAAAGAAGUGCGCACCAUGAUAAUUAACGCCUUCAACUCUUGGCUCCAUGUCGACCUAAGCCUGCUGUUGGAGAUUUCCAGUAUCAUCCGCAAGCUGCACACAUCAAGUCUGCUGCUCGACAACAUUGAGGAUAGCUCAGAGUUACGCCGUGGCGUCCCUGCAGCACAUACGAUCUAUGGCAUCCCGAUGGCCUUGAAUGCGGAAAAUUAUGUCUACUGUAUUAGCACUCGGGGCGUGCUACAAAUGAAGCGACCCAAGAUAAUGGAAGUUUUCACCGAGGAGCUUAUGAACUUGCACAGAGGCCAGGGACUGGAAUUGUUCUGGAGAGACACAUUAUCAUGCCCGACAGGAAAAGUAUUUGGCGAUGGUCUAUUCAGAUUGGCUGUGAAGAUGCUCCAGGAGUGCAGCGAGGUGAAUGUGGACUUUACUGAUCUGGCUGAUAUGAUGGGUACGUUCUUCCAGAUCAGGGACGGUUAUAUGAACCUACUGUCUACAGAGUACUCGAACAGCAAAGGGUUUUGCGAGGACCUUACAGAAGGCAAGUUUUCAUUUCUUAUUCUGAUGAGCAUUUUGAGGCAGAAGACUGACAAUGAAAUCGACAAGCUGCAUGCUGUGUCGCUGAUAGCCAAGGCCGGGUCCUUUGAAUAUACAAGGAAAUCCUUGAUCACAUUGGAGGACAAGAUUGGUGAGAAGAUCGCAGAGCACGGUGGCAACGCCGUUCUUGAGGAUUUGAUGGCCAAGCUUAGCAUUAAGAGCAUUUAG